AUGUCAUCUAUUGCAAAAAAGCAUUCUAUGGAUAUUCCUCACGUAACCAGUGUGGAAUUACCCUUGAUAAUUAAAAAUGAAGACAGGGCCAUCGAUAUGUUGGGCGGAAAGGACAGGAUUAGCAAGGUAAUAAGCAGCCUGUAUAAACCUAGCGGCGGUGGAGGAAGUCAAGCACAGCAAAUAGGUGGAAGAGCAGGAGGAAUUGGAGCGGGAAACAAAACAUCUAAGAAUAGUAACGGUGACAGCUCGUCCGCUGGUGCUGAUACAGGAAAGCUCAGAGGUAGGGCCGGCCAGAGCAACAACGGCGCCAAUUCUUCAAAUGGUAACUCUGCCAGUUCCUCUUCCAACAGCAGCGUAUAUUCUGCACCUUCAAACGCGGGAAAUUUGCUCGAAUUGAGGCUACGUAAGGAUCCCUUCCAUCACCCUAUCCAAUCGCUGAUCAAUACGACGGAGAAGAUAUUGCUCAAGGUAUCGAUCCCAAAGGAGCAACUCCCCAAAGAUUACUUCCAAGACCCAACUAAAUAUAAAAUCAGAGACCUAAUUCAAAAUAAUAAGGCAAAUGAUGGGCCAGACUGUCAAGUGCAACCUGUAGCUAUAAUCGACAAUACGUACCUGUUUAAAUCUAUGACAGAUUUCCAGGUAAGCACCAAGAAUAACAAAACCAUUCAGGACUUUAACACCUCGGUGUUAAACGGGAGUGGCAACUUUCAAGAUUUAAAUCGAUACUUCGAAAGCCAUGACAAUUUCCAAGGUAUUCCAGACUACAAGGACAUCAAAAAUUACGAGAAUAUUGACCAUCAGUUACCACCGCCGCCUCUUUUCCUGCCAAUACAAUUUCCAUUUGAUUACAAGUACCAGAAAAACCCCUUGACGGCAACAAUGAGAGACGCAGAAAGUGGAGAAAUACGAGUGAUAUCCAAGAAGUUGACUCCAAGAUUACAUACUAUUAUUGUAGAUUUCCAUAAUAACGAGAUUCCUCAAGUUGCUGCCAGGCCGCUUCAAGAGAACUAUGAAAAAUUGACAAACGAAAAGUCGAAACCGGCGGUGAAUAGCUUAGAGUAUACAUUACUUGAAUGUAUCGAGUGGUUGCGGAAAAUGUUUGAAAGGAAGCCAAUAUGGACCAGGAAACACCUUGAAGACAUAGUACCAAGGGAUUUGAAAAGAGUUAUCAAACAGGCAUUACCUUAUGUAUCAUAUAUUUAUAAGAGUGGUCCAUGGAGAUUCUGCAAUGUCAAGUUUGGUUCCAACCCAAAGGAAGACAAGUCAUUUUGGAAAUAUCAAAGUGAGUACUUCAGAAUCCCCGGAUUGAGAUUCAAUAAGAAGUACAACACUGAAGUGAGCAAGAUUUCUCCUCCUACUUUGGAUGACCAAAAAGAUUCAGAUGGGAAUGAUGUAGGUGAGCUUAUCGAAGUAUCACUUAAUUUGUUCUUCGAUGGGGUGAGAUUACCUAGAACGAUAACGUAUCAGGUCGGAGAUUUACUUGACGAGGAUAUUCGAAAGCUCAUUAGCGAUGAAAUUAGGAACUUGAACGAUGGAGAACAAUUUUUCAGAGAAAAGCCCGAUUUCCAAGACGGUUGGAUCAAUAAGCAAACCAUGGAGUGUAUUAGAAGAAUCAUCAGAUAUAAAUUGUUGAGGUUGGUUAAGGACGAAAAGAUAGAUGAGGAAAAGGUGAAAAAGAUAAUUAAUACUGACUAUACAAAGAGUGGAGAGGGAGAUGAGGAUGAAGAAGAGGAAGAAGUGGGAGCAGAGGGCGAGGAAGGAGAAGGUGAUGAUGACGAAGAAGAAGACGAAGAAGAAGACGAGGAAGAAGAGGGUGAAGAAACUGAUAGUAUAGAGAAUUUCAAGGAAGAAGCAGUUGAUGAGGAGACACUUAUCAAGAAUUUGAAUGAUGUUGAUGGGGAAAUAGCCAGUGGAUUGGAAGGGUUACUUGGAUUCAUCAAGCAAGAUCUGUUGUAG